AUGUCGGACGCUGAUGAGGAUGCCAUCCCUACGCAGUCCGCUUCCGGGCCAGAAGACCUUGAGGACGAGACCCAGGAUUUCCGAUUCCUUGUCCAAUUGACCUCAAGCACUACAGGACAGGCCAUUAUCCCCAAACGAGGGACAAAAGACUUCGAACCCAAUCCCACUCGAUCGCAAGCCUCAGCCCUCGAUGCCUCGCGUCUGGCUAUGCACACCGCCCUGAGUGCGGUGCGGACCCACUCGGGCAGAAAUCAUCUUCUCGGACAAUAUCUUCCCGAUGAGGACGACUGGAGGUGGGAUGAUGAUGGGGCCGGAGUGAGAUACGGGAGGUGUGUUGUGGUAUACAAGUUCAAGAGCACGCAUUUGAAAGUCAUGGGCCAAGCUGACAGGAAGAAUUGGAUCUGGUUUCUGCCAGAAGAGGCCCUGUAUUUGCUGGAAAGAGGGAGCCUCGAUAUCAGAUGGCCGGAUGUUGACGAGAAUGACGGUGCUGCAAUUGAAGGUGACACUCAUGAUGCUGUGACUUCAGAAAGCCAAACGACUCAGAGGAAGGAGGAUGUCUCACCUCAACAGCCAUCAGGUCGAGGAGAGGGACUGAUCAAGUUUGAGCAAGAUCCCAAAGUCGGCGAACUUCCUAUGAGUCUGCAAGGAGCCUAUGCCAGUUUCAUAGGCAAGGAUGGUCUCACGCUGGAAAGAUACAGCGUCUAUGCUAGCCUGAAGAGGCUUGGCUACGUUGUGCAACGGGCUCCAACGUGGCAUGACAAUGAUCCUCCUCCGGCGAACGGACACGUCCAUCUUCAACCGCCUUCAGCUUCUGCUACUCCCGCUACGACGCCAUCAGCAACAACGGUAACACUAUCCAAACCUCGAGUUGUCACUGGUUGUGCAAGUCUCGUCUAUAGAUUGAUAUCCCGCCUUUUCCAAGCUGGCCGAGGAGAAUCCUGUCCCGCACUAGGCCCCCUCGUUGCCCCAGGUCUGUACAGAAACUACGCUGGCAUGUUCCGGGCAUUGGCAUUGAUUCCUUACCACGACUCCAGCAUCCCUUCCACCUCGUCCAAUCCUGUAUCCCGAGCCUCUCCCAACUCGAUUCCAGUUCCAAGAAGGAACCCACCUCCCCCAUUCCGCAUUCAUUUUCAUGUCUGGAAACCUAGCAGUGCGAACACAUACCGCAAAAGCGCGCCUCCGCCACCAGACUACCGCAUCGCGGUCGUUGACGCCCGCACAACUUCUGUCCCUACGCUUUCGCAAAUCAAUGCCCUCUUAGACUCCCAGCCCGACGACGCCCUCCCCAGAGACAAGGCAGGACGAAUGGAAACACGUAUCAAGCAUGGGAGGAGGAAUGUGCUCCUCGCCGUCGUGGACAUGGGAGUCAUCAGUUAUCUCCGAUUGAGUGAUGCAUGUUUCGGGGCGGAGAAGUUGUUCGAGGAAAAAGUUAAAACCGGAUCGAAAGGGAAAGGGAGAGGUGGCGGCGGAAGGAAAGGGCAAGGGCAGAAGCAAGGUAAUUGA